AUGCCGUUCAAACGCAAGUCCGAAGGUGCCUCAACAACACCCGCCAAACGCGGUCGUCCCUCGCUCUCGGCGAAUGCCAAAUCUGCCCAGGAAACUCCCAAUGCUUCUUCCCCUCAGACCGGCGAGAAGAGGAAGCGCGGUCGCCCGCGCAAGAGCCCCGAUGAGGUAAAGCCUACGGCCAAGGCCACCCCGAGUGGUGGUGCCACGCGCGGUCGCGGUCGUCCCAAGAAAAUCCUCACCGCGGCACAGACUGCGGCUGCAGCAAAGGCUGCAGCUAACGCGGGUCCUAAGAGGGGUCGUGGCAGACCUCGUAAGGAGCCUAGUACCGAGACAACUCCCGCCAAAGAGAAGAAGAAGGAUGGUCGUGGUCGCCCGCGCAAGAGCUUGCCUGCCAAUGGCGACGAGCCGAGCAUCCUUGAUGCGAAGCCUGAUACGGACGAAGAGCAUGUGGCCGAUGUGCCCAAGGAGAAUACCGGUCGUUCAUACUGGUUGAUGAAGGCGGAGCCCGAGUCGCGAAUGGAGAAGGGUGUUGACGUGAAGUUUUCUAUUGAUGAUCUGGCUGCGGCUGAUAGGCCAGAGCCAUGGGAUGGCGUUCGAAACCCCGUUGCGCGGAACCUCAUGCGCGAUAUGAAGAAGGGAGACUACGCAUUCUUUUACCACUCAAACUGCAAGACACCAGCUGUCGUCGGAGUGAUGGAGAUUGUGCAGGAGCACUCACCUGAUGAGGCCGCAUUCGACCCGAAGCACCCUUACUACGAUCCAAAGUCCGUCCGCGAUGUACCCAAGUGGGUAGUAGUCCAUGUCGAGUUUCGUCGCAAGUUUGAGAACCAGGUUACGCUGCACAAGCUCAAGGAGCAGGCGCAGACUGGCAAGCCUCUGGAGAAUCUCCAAAUGGUCAAGCAGUCACGACUGAGCGUCUCGUCUGUGACCCCGGCACAAUGGCGAUACAUUCUCGAGCUGGCGGGCGAGGACCCCAACGCCGAGAUGGUGGCCGAGGAGAGCAAGGAUGGUGAGGACAAGAAAGCUGGAGACAAAGAUGCUGAAGAUAAGGACGCCAAGGGCAAGGAUGCUGAGGCGGACCAGGAUAGCGAGCUUGAGCUCUGA